CGCUCUUCACCGACCCUCCUCUUUCUCCCAGGAGCGGCGCCGUCACUGCGAUGCAGGACAACGCCAGCGCCUUCGGGGAGGAGGGCUUCGUCCUGGUGGGCUUCUCUGACCGCCCCCGCCUGGAGCUGGCGCUCUUCGUGGUGGUGCUCGCCUUCUACCUGCUGACGCUGCUCGGCAACCUGGCCAUCAUCCUGCUGUGGGCGCUGGAGCCGCGGCUGCGCACGCCCAUGUACUUCUUCCUGGCCAACCUGUCCUUCCUGGACGUGUGCUUCACCUCCGGCUCCGUCCCCCAGCUGCUCCACAACCUGCGCGGCCCCGACAAGACCAUCAGCGUCGUGGGCUGCGCGGUGCAGCUGUACCUGGUGCUGGCCCUGGGCGGCGUGGAGUGCGUGCUCCUGGCCGUCAUGGCCUACGACCGCUACGCCGCCGUCUGCCGGCCGCUGCACUACGCCGUGCUCAUGCACCCGCGGCUGUGCGCGCAGCUGGCCUCGGCCGCGUGGCUGAGCGGCUUCGGCAACUCGCUGGUCAUGGCGCCGCAGACGCUGCUGCUGCCCCGCUGCGGGCGCCGGCGCGUGGACCACUUCCUGUGCGAGAUGCCGGCGCUCAUCGCCAUGGCCUGCGUGGACACCGCGGGCCUCGAGGCGCUGGCGUUCGCCCUGGCGGUCCUCAUCAUCCUGGCGCCGCUCGCGCUCAUCCUCACCUCGUACGGGCACAUCGCGCGGGCCGUGCUGCGCAUGCGCUCGGCCGCGGGACGGAGGAAGGCCUUCGGCACCUGCAGCUCCCACCUGGCCGUGGUGUCGCUCUUCUACGGCACGGUCAUCUACAUGUACCUGCAGCCCGCCGACGCCUACUCCCAGGACCAGGGCAAGUUCCUCACGCUGUUCUACACCAUCGUCACGCCCAGCGUCAACCCCCUCCUCUACACCCUGAGGAACAAGGACGUGAAGGAGGCCGCGAAGCGCGUGCUCGGGAAGGCGGGCGCGGAAGUGCAGUGA